AAGAAAUGACUCUCACCGUGAGCAGCGGUGGCAGAGGCGCUAGACUCCACACCAUAGACCACAUCAAUACUUCUCGUUCUCGUACUCCCUUCUCCACAUUCAAACUCAUAAACUUCCCUUACCCAUCAAAACCCCGUCUCCACGUAGUCUCCGCCUCCAAAAAAAACUCCUCCCAAACCGGUCGGUUCGACAGCAAGAAGCGUCGAACCCUCGUCCCGACAACAACAACCAAGGAACAGCCUGAAGAAAACAACGGUGUGGUGUACGACGACGAGGAGAAACCACUGCUGUCUCAGACCGAUGACGAAGACGAAGAUAGGUUUGCUGUGAACACUCGCUUCAGAGGUGAUCCAAAAGACGCGCCAAAGGUUUCGGUUAAGGAUCUUCCCGGGCUUGAGCCUGAUCCUUUUGAAGGUCCUCAGUGGGAUGGUUUAGGGUUCUUUGUUCAGUACUUGUGGGCUUUCGGAAUUGUUUUCGCGCUUGUUUCCGGCGGAAUUGCGGCGGGGACUUAUAAUGAAGGUGCGACGGAUUUCAAGGAGACGCCGGUGUAUAAGGAGGCGAUGGAGUCUCGUGACCUUCUGGAUGAAGCAGAGGGUUCGAACUCGGAAGAUGUGUUUGAGUCUAAUCCGACAGAAGUGGCGCCUAGUUUGGAAUAGUUUCAGUUCAGUGUUUUGUAAAAGCCAUCAUAUUCGAAGUUGAUCAUAAGCUUGUCUUCAUAAUUUUACAGAAUCAAAGUGAUUAUUACACAAGAGUGUUGUUUUCUGUUUACUUGAUUUCAUUUCAAGAACUGCAAACGGUUAA